AUGUCGAAUCACUCAUCGUCCAUUCUAAAUCUAAGCAUCACUCCAGACGCAGACACCAUUCAUACAUUCAGCGAUGAUGGAUCCACCCUGCCGAAUGAAUCAUACACAAUUUCAGGCACAGUAGAGAUCAACCUUCUUCGACCUGUUCAGAUUCGACAGUUAUACGUACAAUUAAAAGGCACCGUAGAGUGUGUGAUCUCUACCUCAGACUUCUUCCAGCCACACGAUUUAAAAGCAUCAAACAGCACAGAUGAAAUACCAAUGGACAAAUGGAACACACUGGAAGGAAACGAGCUUGGAUUUGUAGACAGAUUAGCAAGAAAAGCAAUGGGACAUGCAAAUGCAAGCUUAACUAUAACACAUGAACGUAUUGUCGUUGUGGAUGAGCCGCAAGUGCUUGGAGUGGGAAAAACGAAAUGGCCAUUUUCAUUAAAGAUCAACAACGUGCAUAAGUUAUCACCAUCAAUCCUGUUGCCGCAUCAUACAAUACAAUACUGCCUUUCAGCUAGAAUUAAAUUAAAUUCGCUUAGUGAACGGUUCAAAGUAUCCUACUGGAACGCCCGCAUGAAUAUCCAUGGCAGUUCUCUAUCAAGCAACAAGAGAAAGCUAAGCACAAGCAGCGAUGAGACCACCAGCAGUAGCAGCGCAGCUUCCACUUCCACAUCAACUGCAACAGAUGAUGCUUCAUCGAUAUCAUCAUCCAGUAUCAUCAGCAACAAUUCAACCAAGAGCAAACGGCACAUGCUCGGUGCAAAUUGCCCUAUCCAACUAUGCCGACACGCAUACCCUAGCCUAUACUCACUUAAUUCCAUACCACGUAUUCGAUACCGUGGAUCAAGACAGGAUCACCUCAAUUACGAGAUUGGCAUGUCCAAAUUCACAUGUCUCCAAAAGAAAUCGUUCCCGUUUACCUGUCGGUUCAACAAGUUCUGUGAUGAUGCUAUCAUUGAAUCCAUGGAAUACUACUUGGAGCAAGUUGAAUCAUAUCCAAUUAGAGCUGGCGAUUGGAAUACAAUUGUUAAACAGUUUCCUGAAUCAAUGGUACCACGACAGAGAAAGUUUUCUCGUGCCAAGUAUGACAUGUCAAAUUAUAUAGAUGGACAGGAGCUUGAAUUGUCUCUUUCCCUUGAUUUACCCCACAUUGCUCCUCAAAUCCAGACAGACAUCUUACAAAUCAGUCAUAAGUUGCGCCUCAUACUCAAGUUUCAAGACAGCACAAAAGAACGAAAUAUGUCGCUUAGUUUCCCACUCACAGUUGGCACGGUACCUCACGUUAGAUCGUCGAUGGACCGUGGAGAUCGUAGAGUGAUGCCUGAGGACAUUGAUGCAAUACAUGUGCGACAGGAAUUGGACCAAUGGCUACUUGCGCCCUCAGAUCAACAUUACGACGAAUUUAACAAAUUGCCCAGUUAUAGAGAUGUACUGCGUGAAGGAUACCCCCCAUCGCCGUUUAUCGAAGAUAAUUACUAG